AUGGUGCCCAGCAAAUGCCGGCCCGCCGGGGUAGGAAGGCCGGGCCACACCGUCUCGGCCAACAAUUACGGAGUUCAGCUGGUUCUUCAAAGUACGUCGUCGGCAGAAAGAACCAGAGCUCUGGAGCUGAGAUUGCACAAAGAACAGCCCUAUCUCCACAACCGGUUCUUGCAGCAUGACCUUGAAAAAAACCACCCCGGAAAACUAGAUGGAAGAUUAAGUCCUUUGUCACGCAGUAAAAAAGUCUGCAUCCCCAUCGCAGCUAAUUUUGCAGAUAUCCCUAGUUUGGAAGUGAAAUACGGGCCGGGUUCUCUCACCGUCUGUGGAGACGGCUCUUUUCCGAACCCUUUGAAGUACCGAAUUCAGCAGGACUGCCAUAAUGUCAGUGCAAAUAGCCCAGAUAUUUAUAGGGACACAGGAUUUCCUUUGGUGUACCGCUCGGCAGAAGAGAAAAUCCAGCUUUCGGACCGGAUGACCCUCGAAAGGCAGAAGCUGACCGUUUGCCCCAUCAUUGACGGGGAGGAGCACCUUCGGCUCCUGAGCUUCCAGCACAACUUCAUCACUCGAAUCCAGAACAUCUCCAACUUGCAGCACCUGAUCUUCUUAGACUUGUACGAUAACCAGAUCGAAGAAAUCAGCGGCCUUUCGACCCUGAGGUGUCUCCGGGUCCUGUCGCUGGGAAAUAACAGAAUAAGGAGGAUUUCAAACCUGGAUAAUCUUGUAAACCUUGAUGUCUUGGAUCUUCAUGGCAAUCAGAUUUCCCUCAUAGAAAACCUGAAUCACUUACGAGAUCUCCGAAUGUUGAACCUGGCGCGAAAUUGCUUGACCCACGUCGGAAACCUCAGCGGCCUGGAUUCGUUGCUGGAGCUCAACCUCCGCUACAAUAAGAUCAGAUCGGUGAAAGAUGUGGACAGCCUGCCCAGCCUGCAGCGUCUCUUCCUCAGCUUCAACAACGUCUCUUGCGUGGAAGACAUCCUGUGCCUGGCAGACUCGGCCUCUAUUUCAGAACUCACCCUAGAUGGCAACCCCAUAGCGCAGGAGGCAUGUUACAAGCCGACCAUUCUCCAUCGUAUGAUGCAGCUCCGACAGCUGGAUAUGAAAAAAAUCACAGAAGAAGAACGGCGCCUGGCAUCCGUUGCCCUACGAAAAGAGGAAGAGAAGAGGCGUGAAAGUCACAGGCAGACUUUGUUAAAGGAGAAGAAACGGUUAACCAUCUGCAACAUCGCCCAUCACUGGGAAAUCCAGCAGAACCGUCUCGUCCUGAAGGUUUCGAACCAGGAGCCGGUCCAAGGCGAGGAGCCCUGUCAGAACAACAGGAAUGCGGCUUGUGAAUUUCCCGAGGAGGGCAGGUCUCUGGAGACCCUUUUAGGCAAAGUUGUGCCAGGUCUGGAGUCUCACCUGGUGGAAAUAGACGGCGAUACCCUCUGCCUGUACGGUUCCGGAGCUCUGGAAUCCCUGGACCGGAAUUGGAGCGUUCAGACGACUGGAAACAUCGCUACCAUCUCUUUUAUUUUCAUAGACUUUGAUGAAAUUAUCCCAGUGCUAUCGAAACUGAAGAUCAAGUUCCCCAAUUUUCUGCACUUGAAGUUCAAGGAGACCAACCUGACGAUGUUGCAGCAGUUCAACGCCUUAGCUCACCUGCGUCGGCUCGAGCAGUUAACAGUUGAGACUCAGGGAAACCCGGUGGUUACCUUCACCUUGUGGAAGUUCUACGUUCUGUUCAGGCUGAACCAUUUUAACCUGCAAAAGAUCAACGGGUUAGAGGUUACCCAGAACGACGUGAUCAUGGCUGAAAGACUGUUUGGGAUCUUGGCCUACGUGGCAUCUUCCAACAUGCCCCACUACCGGCUGAUCUCGCUGCUGGGAGAUUGCAGGAAGAAACAAUUGUGUUUUCUUUUGGAGGCCAAAGGAAAGAAAUUCGGGACCGCAGGUGACAAUGGCAACAACCGCCGGAAGCUUGAAGGAGAAAACAGCACCCGAUCCACGCUGACUUAUAUUUCAGGGGGUUUACAGACAGAAAAGCAGGAGGAACUGAAGGAGAAGAAGAACUUCUGCCAAAGCUACAUCCAAGAGUUGGUGAAGGAAGCCGCCGACAUCCACAUGAAAUACGAGUCCUUGCAGAAGUUCUGGCCUCAGAUGUUCGUCGAGCUGGUCCGGGACGCCGUGAUCGAGAUGCACCACAAGGAUUCCUACCGGAGGCACUGCUUGCAAGGCCUGGCUGAGCAAAAACUGUGACUUCACACCUGUCAGUAUUCCUCAGCUGGGUUUUUUCUUGUUCCCACCAAGGCCCCCAGCGGUCUCUAUCGUGGCCAUCCUUCUGAGACCCUUUUGAACGCCUUGUCUUGAAAAAGCCUCAUUUUCCUAGCAAAAUACUCUCUUCCUACUUUUACAUGAGAUGGCUUUUAUUUAUUUAUUUUUUUGUUUUGUUUUCCCACAUUCUAAUGUACAUGAGCAUUGGCUCAAUACGGAGAUAGGCAGACCACGCAAUUUUAUU